AUGGAGCCGAUUGUUGAAGUAGUGGCCCUGUUACUGGGGUUUAUGGGCUGGAUUAUGGUGGGGGUCGCUUUACCAAACCGCUACUGGAAAACCUCCACCGUGGAAGGGAAUGUCAUCACCACCUCCACUCUGUAUGAGAACCUGUGGAUGUCGUGUGCUACUGAUUCAACUGGAGUGCACAACUGCCGCGACUUCCCUUCACUGCUUGCACUCUCCAGUUAUCUUCAGGCAUCCAGGGCUCUUAUGAUUACUUCUGUGGUUUUCGGCACAUUCGGCGUGGUCCUCACACUCAUAGGCAUGCAGUGCUGCAAAGCAGCUGAGGGUAAUCCGGUUCUCAAAGGCAAGCUUACUGGAACUGGAGGUGUCUUCUUCUUCUUACAGGGCUUGUGCACAAUGAUAGCCGUGUCCUGGUAUGCGUUCAACAUCACUGAGGAGUUCUUCGAUCCAUUUUACCCAGGCACAAAGUAUGAGUUAGGAGAGGGAUUGUACAUUGGAUGGUGCUCUGGGAUUCUUUCCAUCUGUGCUGGAUUCUGUCUAGUGUUUUCCUGCAAAACUACCACAGAUGAGAAGCCUGCAUAUGCAUAUCAGCGAACCAUAUACUCUGCAGGAGCAGCAUCAAGGAGAGACGCUCAGAGCACUUAUGACAAGAAUGCAUAUGUGUGA